CCUUUUCUCUCAUCGCCCAGCUUUAAGCAAAAAAAUUUUUUCUCGUACCAUGGAGAAGCCGGGUUCGAUACGGCUUGUGUUGUCAGUGGCCCUGAUAAACCCAACACAGAAAAGAAAGAAAAAAGAAGUUUGUUUCAUCAAAGCUCAACAAAUUUAUGCAUCCACGAAAUCCGUACCGUACUCCUCCCAGCUUCAAAAAGCUUUCCAUGAAAUUUCCAGAAUUUCGAGCUUACUGCACUUAUGAUGUCAGUGGUAAAGUUCAUUUAGACUUCAAGAAUCCAAGAGCUGUACGUGCUCUCACAACCAGCCUUCUGGACCAAGAUUUUGAUCUUAAGGUCAGCAUUCCUGAUGACCGACUGGUGCCAACACUUCCUUUACGCCUCAAUUAUUUGUUAUGGAUUGAAGACCUGCUGACACAUGCAGCACACUAUGACUCUGAGCACUUAUGUCUUGGCCAUUGAUAUUGGUGUUGGAGCAGCAUGUGUUUACCCACUGUUAGGAGCGAAACGCUUUGGCUGGUGUUUUGUGGGCACUGAGAGUGACCAACUAAGUUUUACAAGUGCUCACACAAAUGUUCAAAAUAACAAUCUUCAAGAUAAGAUAUUUUUAAAAAAGGUUGAAAGUAAUAUUAUUUUUAAAGAUGUGAUAGGUGAAGAAAAGGUAAAGUCUUGGACAUUAGAGUGCAAAUUAAGAAGUAAAGUUGACAUUGCUGAAUGUUCUAAGAAAUGUGCUGAGUGUGAGCCACAGGCAUCUCAGCUGAACCCUCAGAAUGAAGUAAACUUUGAUGAAGGUGCGAUUCAUGAAAAAGUGACAGAAGGCGGAGAGAUCUCCUUCAUCACAAAAAUGAUAGAGGAAAGUCAGUUAUUCAAGGAUAAAAUAAGGUUGAGCAGCAUCAUCAGCACGGCCGAUCAACAGCAGCACACAGCACGGCCACAGCAUCGCAGCACGGCACAGCAUCCAGCACGGCCCAGCAUCACAGCACGGCCACAGACGACUCACAGGCACAUCAGCGCACGGCGCAGCAUCUCAGCACGUCACACAGCCACAGCACGGCCCAGCAAUAGCAGCACGCUACAGCAUCAUCUCAGCACGGCCACACAGCAGUAG